UUUCAUGUGGUUGUUUGCAGUAUCCGCCUUAUUUUUGGUCGCCACUGGCGAUGACCUGAUCCGCAAAUUCGAAUACCAGUACAGUUUCAAAGGCCCACAGCUAACCAUAGACAACCAGGUUCCCUUCUGGAGCCAUGGAGAAAGUGCUCUACCGAGCGAAGACCAAAUUAGACUUGUGCCCUCAAUCCGUAGCAAGAAAGGAUUCGUCUGGUCCCAAUUCGCAUAUGCCAGUAAAGACUUUGAAGUCGAAGUUACAUUUAAAAUAACAGGUAGAGGUAGAAUCGGUGCCGAUGGAAUGGCCGUGUGGUUUACAGACUCACCUGGAUUUGAAGGAAAUGUCUAUGGCAACCGAGACAUGUGGAAUGGAUUAGGAAUUUUCAUGGAUUCCUAUGACAAUGAUGGAAAAGGAAACAACCCCUACAUAUCGAUUGUUGCGAACGGCGGAAGCAAAAGUUACGACCACGCCGCUGACGGCGGAGACAUGGUGUUGGCAGGAUGCCAGUAUGAUUUCAGAAACAAGCCAUACCCUGUAAAAUUGAAGUUCAAGUACUACAAACAAGAAAUAAAACUCUGGUACUCAGCUGGUCUGACGCAAGAACCAGAGUAUGAGCUUUGCCUGACUCAUUAUUAUGAUAAAAUGCCAGAUUCCAAAUUUUUAGGUCUUUCUGCAGCUACUGGAGGACUAGCUGAUGAUCAUGAUGUACUUAGUUUCUUGACGUACAGUCUGAGGCCUAAAGAGGCAAAAGAUAGUCAGAAGAUAGCAGAUGCGGAUAAAGAAAGACUCUCAGAGGAGUUCAAAAAGUUCUCAGAUACAAUGGAAGAGCGGAAGAAGAAUUUCCGGGAGGAAAAUCCAAGUAAGUUCAAGGAUAUUGAUGAUCCAGAUUUUGAGGAUGUCCAGGAGCGUCAGUUGAGACUCAUCUUUGACGGCCAACAUCGCUUGUUCAGAUCUCUCAAUGAAAUCAAAGCCAAGUUAGAUGGGUCUGGAAAGCCUGGAACCGGAACUAGCGGUAGUGCAGUAUCUAGCGACCAAAUAAGGCGGCUACAAACCGAAUUAGGCAGUAUAGGAAGCACAAUUAACCACGUGUACACAGUAGCCAAUGAGCAAAAGACCAUUCUUCGCGAAAUCCAAAAUAGAGUAGUGCAAAUACAAACAGGCAGAGCACCCAGCCCUGGACAAGUACCAGGUGCCACGACUGGAGCAGGCCUAGAUGCAGUGGCUAAGGAUGAUUUAACAUCAAUCAAACAGGACCUAGCAGGACUAAAAGAGAAUGUUCGAAAAAUUCCGAUUGAGUGUCCAAAGAUUCCGCCUAGACUUUCAGCGUCCGCGAGUGAAUCAGACGGAAACUGCAUCGGUAACUCGACGUUUAUAAUAUUUGCAGUACUUCAAAUAGUCUUAAUGGGUAUUUACGUUUACUUCCAGCGCCAAAAGGAACAGUCAGCCAAGAAGUUUUUCUAACUUCAGAUCUUCCUUUCGCUACGACGAACAGGUUGUGUCGUCCGGCCUGCUUUAAAAGCCGGGCUUGCUUUGCUAAGUUUGUUGGUGUAACUACUGUAAUCAAGCUAUGUUCAAGUUUUAUUUUACAUUCCUCGCAAAUUAAAUGUUCAAUUUCAAAAAUGAACCAGUUCGGUUUAUAUUAGUUAUUGUUUUUUUAAUGUCACUCUCAUAGUCUAAUAUUUCGCUUUUUUGUGCUCUUAACAGCUAAAGUUGGUUGCCUGAACUGUUUUUACUUCUGAUGAUACCGAACUGGUUCUGUUUAGUUUUAAGCAAUCAGUGCUAUGAUAUCAUACCUAAGUUAAAUAAAGAUACUAGUCAAUCAAUUUGGUGCGUGGAGGAAAGUUGUGUUUAAGUGUGACUGUUAAUUGAUUUGAAUUAAGCUAUAGAGUAUUUACAAAUUUUCAUUAUUUGUUAACUUCUGUGAAGGCUAAUCUGACCUGACUAAUUUAAAAUUAGACAUUUCA